AUGAACUCUGGGAACGAUAGCUGGCACUCCUCUGGUGGUGGGCCUCCGUCGCACCCUGGCAUGGAUCAGAUGAAUCAACAGCCUCGACCCUUGGGGUCUUUUGGCCAAAAUCCUCCCCAACAAGGCCCAGCUUCGCAGUCCUCCGGACCUGUCCUCCCUCCUCCUGCCGGACCUUAUCACCCCGCUGGUCAAUCUGGCGGUCAUUCUCUCCCAGGCCUAGCAGAAUUAAGCCAAACCCAUGGCGCUCCACACCAAUCUUCCGCAUAUGGACAACAUGGCCCUGGUCCUUCCCAUGGAUCUGGUCACUCUUUGCCUGGAAUUGGGCAAGCGAUGCAGCAUGCGUCCCCACAAUCUCUGAACCGCGAACGCGAGCGGGACUCCAGAGAGAGGGAUCUCAUUGAGCGCCAGCGUCAGGAAGAGAUGGUCCACCGAGAGCGCGAGCAGCGCGAACGCGAACAAAUGGAACGUCAGCAGAUGGAACGUCAACGCGAACAUCAUCCCGUCCAAAGCCACCCAGGUUCCAUCCCCCUUCACCAACCCGUGGCUUCGAAGGUCCAGAAUUCCAUUCACGGUCCCAAUGGUCUCCUCUCAAAUCUAGGCGCAAACCCGAACAAUGGCCCUCAAGGUAGUGUACAAGCUUCCGGUGGUCCCGCCAGUCUCUUCGGUCCGCAAAUGCCGCACGAAGGUACUCCUCGUUCAUACAUGCAGCACCCCGGUGGACCCCCGAUGAUGGGAGGAUACAAUGGAGCAGCUCAACAGAUCCCCGGAAAUGUUGCUGCUCUCGCACAAGGCCAGCAACCUAUUUUGAAUGCAAGUCUUCCACUGGAACAUCUAGGAACAAACCCUCCCCUCAAUUACAUGAUCCUAACAUCCAUUACCGCCGCGCAGGAUGCCCUUAGCUACCUGGAUCAAGUCAAAGUUCGAUUUGUGGACCAGCCCGAUGUCUACAACCGAUUUCUGGAUAUAAUGAAAGACUUCAAGAGUCAAGCAAUUGACACUCCCGGAGUUAUCCAACGGGUCUCCACCCUUUUCAAUGGUCAUCCUGCACUGAUCCAGGGUUUCAAUACCUUCCUCCCUCCCGGAUAUCGUAUUGAAUGUGGUACUGAAGACAACCCUGAUGCGAUUCGAGUGACAACUCCAUCGGGAACCAACACUUUGAGUAUGCCCCGUGCAGGACGUCCUUUGGAGAAUAUCAAUGAUCAGGUCUCUUCAAGUAGCCUUGGCCCGCCCGGUCGGCCUGAUUACUACGAUCAGUCCCGUCCAGGUUGGCAACAAACUCAACAGCAGCAGCAGCAGCAGCAGGCCCAGCAGCAUCAACAACAACAGCAGCAGGCUCAACAGCAGCAGCAACAGCAGACUCAACAGCAGGCUCAGCAGCAAGGCGUCCCUGGAUCUUACUCUCCCGGAUCCCGAAUGCUGGGUGGUCCAAGUAUGUACCCAGAUGGCCAAGGUCCUCCCCACGAUCAUCACUAUGGUUACCAAAGCCAAGAGGCUCAAGGUGCCGCCGCGGCUCUAUCGCAUCAACAAGAUCACCGUGGAGUUGCACAGCUUCAAGGUGCUGCCUCAGCUGCUUCAGGUAUGGGUAGACCUGGUUUGAUGCAAGUUUCAGGCGCUGGUCCAAAUGCCAGCCUUACUCAGCCAAUGAGCAACUUGGCUGGGGUUGGCGGUAUGCUUCAAGGCGGCCAUGCUGAUUUGAACAAGCGUGGACCCGUGGAAUUCAAUCAUGCCAUAAGCUAUGUGAACAAGAUCAAGAACCGCUUUUCACAAGCGCCAGAGAUUUAUAAACAGUUCUUGGAAAUACUGCAGACAUAUCAGCGGGAGUCAAAACCCAUUCAAGAUGUGUACGCACAGGUUACUCAGUUGUUCAAUACUGCUCCAGAUCUGCUGGAGGACUUUAAGCAAUUUUUGCCAGAGUCUGCAGCCCAUGCCAAGCAACAGGCCGCAGCUCGUCUUGCCGAGGAGUCCAUUCCUAUCAGUAACAUGCGUGGCGGUGAAUCUAUGGGCAUUCCUUCUCAGUCCUCGAACCGUGAUAUGAAGAAUAUGCCACCACUGGGCAACUUUAAUGUCAAGGAUUCUGGCAAGGAGAACAAGAAGCGCAGAGGGGCAGGUCCAGGUGUUGCUGGGUCUUCUGUAUCAGGGCCUUCUGGUAUUGAUGCCAGAUUGCCUGAAUCUCAGAUGCGUGGCCAGCCUGCACAGUUUGGCAAUGCAAGCAAGAGACCCAAGUACAUCCACGGAAAACCUUCUGGCGCUGACAUGCCUAACGUUUCUCCCACCCUGAUCCCCGCAUUGCCAGAACCCCUCCCGCCGUCUGUGUUGACAACACCGAGUCAAGAAGAGAUUGCUUUCUUCGAUCGGGUCAAGAAGUUCAUUGCGAACAAGCAAAUCUUCAGUGAUUUCUUGAAGCUGUGUAAUCUUUACACAAACGAUCUCAUUGAUCGUUUCGUUCUCGUCAAGCGUGCGGAAGGCUUCAUUGGCUCCAACGCAGAGCUGAUGAGUUGGUUCAAACGCUUCAUGAAUGUCGAAGAACCUGAAGAUAAGACAAUCGACCCCAAGCCACAGGCAGAGCCUGGUACCGUGAAUCUUGCUCACUGUCGAUCCUUGGGUCCCAGCUACCGUCUAUUGCCCAAGCGAGAGCGCCAGAAGGCAUGCAGUGGUCGUGAUCAGCUUUGCUUCGAAGUGUUGAACGAUGAGUGGGCCUCACACCCAACAUGGGCGUCCGAAGAUUCUGGGUUUGUUGCACACCGAAAGAACACCUAUGAAGAUGCUCUUCACCGCAUCGAGGAAGAUCGUCACGAUUAUGAUCACCACAUCGAGGCUUGUACCCGCACUAUUCAACUCAUUGAGCCCAUCUGCCAACAGUUCUUGCACAUGUCUGAAAGUGAACGUGCCAACUUCAAGUUGCCACCUGGUCUUGGUGGUCAAAGUGAGGCUAUCUACCAGCGUGUCAUUAAGAAGGUGUACGACCGUCAACGUGGUGAGAAGAUCAUCAAUGACAUGUUUGAGCGACCUUGCCAAGUACUUCCUAUUGUUCUAUAUCGCUUGAAGCAAAAGCUCGAGGAGUGGAAGGCCUGCCAGCGUGAGUGGGACAAAGUCUGGCGUGAGCAGAUGCAGCGAGCAUACUGGCGCAGUCUUGACCACCAGGCCAUUGCCACUCGGCAGACCGAUAAGAAGCUCUUCAUUGCGAAGAACAUCCAGCAAGACCUCCAAGGCAAAUUUGAAGACGCUCAAAACCGCCGUAAGGCUGGCUUCAAGGUCCUCAACUAUCAAGCUGAGAUGAAGAUGGAUGAUAUGGAUGUCCUCUUAGACACCACACACUUGCUCUGCAUGUACAUUGAUCGAAGCACCUCUGGCUUUGGCGCUGAACCCCAGCGUUUGAUCAAUUUCGUCAAAGACUUCAUUCCCAUCUUCUUUGGACUGGACCGUGAAACUUUCCAUGAUUACAUGGAUGAACUCAUGACCGCCGCUACCCCCCCUGAGGAGUUGGAAGACAAUUUUGCCGCAGAAGAGGAGUCGGCUGCAAGCCACAAGGCACCCAACACGCAGAAGCUGGAUCUCCUGCGUGAGGUUUUGGAGCGUCGUGUGGAGAAGAGCAAUCAGGAGAAAUCGAAUGGAGUUGCCGGCACUGAACAGCAGCAACAGCAGCAGCCGACUCCCGAAAUUGGACGCGCUCUUUCUGCAGCUGUGUCCGAGGCCGAGGAUACCUUUGACGUGGCCGAGCUGAGGUGGAUGGAGCAUCCUGGUCACGGAAACUUCAAUGUCGAGCAUGAGUACACUCUAAAUGAUAAGUACAAGAAGACCGAGCAUCACAUGUACUGCAACUUGAACAUUCUUUGCUUCUUGCGCACAUAUGAGAUCCUUUAUGCGCGUCUGUUGCGCAUCAAGCAACAAGAAGAGAGUGCCCACGAACAAGUUCGCCGAGGUCUUUUGCCCAAGCCUGCUCAUGAGCUUUGUCUCAUUGAUCGAUUCCCCAGUGAUUUCUUCUACGAUGUUGAGCCAAAGGCCAACCUUUACAAGCAAAUUGUCCGCAUGUGCGAAGAGGUGAUUCGGGGUGAUAUUGAUCAGAUUCACCUCGAAGAGACUCUCCGUCGCUUCUACAUGCAAGGUGGAUACCUUUUGUACAAUCUGGAGAGAAUCUUCUCUUCCAUUACCAAGUUUGUUGCGUCCAUCUUUACUGGUGAUUCCCGCGACCGCAGCUCGGAUAUUGCGAACCUGUUCUUCAAGGAGCGCGAAAAGGAGGAGACUACCCAUCACCAGGAGAUUCAAUAUCGUAAGCAGGUUGAGAGGCUGGUGAAGGAAGGCGAUAUCUACCGUGUCACUUACUUCCCCUCCAAUCGCCGCAUUACCGUGCAAGUGAUGACCACAGAAGAUGCCACUUUCGAACAUGACGACUUGUCCUCUGAAGCCCGCUGGUCCUACUAUGUGACAGCCUACUCGAUGCGUGACCCAACCGAAGGCGUUCACUUCUCGGAGAUGCGUAUUCCAUUCAUGAAGCGUAACCUACGCGGCAAACUAGACGAUGACGAAGAAUAUGAACGUUUCUACCGCCGCCUUCAGCACCAUGACGGCCUGAUCAUCCGCAUCUGCGCCAACAAUUAUACCAUUCUUUAUCAACCCCCUAGCCAUGACUGGUUCUGGCGCCCUACCGCACCAUCAAUGAAGGAUCUCGAGGCCGCAAAGGCCUUCGAAGAAGACCAGGCCAGGGAGAAGAGUACUCUCAAAGAGAAACGCCAUGAUCGCUUCGUCGAGAAGUUCGUCAACAACCCCAACUGGGCACGUGGUCUGAGCAAGGACAAGGUCGAUGAGUCGAAUCAGCGCUUCCGCUCCUGGAUUAACGGGACACUGGAAGACGGAGAACCUACUGCCAAGGUUUCGCCGGCUCCCGCCGAGGAGGCCAGUGCUGCGGCUCCCUCGGAGAAGGAGCACACCGAGGCCGAAAUUCCGACGGAAAAGACCGAGGCCGACGAACCUAGCAACGCCGAAAAGACCGAAAACGCAGAUGUUGAGAUGGCCGAUGCUGAACCUGUGGUGUAA